AUGUUGCUAUUAAAUUUCAUAUAUUGCAUUAUAAUUGUUUUACGUAUUAGUUUGGGGUCUGACCUUCCCACUGUAACUACCACUGCUUUAGUUAAAGGAGUAGAGGUUACCAAUUCUGCAGCUCUGGCUGAAGCCAAAACAUUAGCUGCGAGUGCUGAUUACGAAUUUAUUCUGACAUUUUUGGAAAAUAUAGAUAACGAGUUGGGUAGUUAUAAAUCUUAUUUAGAUGCUAAUAAAAACACUCUACCACAAAAGGUGUUAAAUUAUUACUACCAUUUAGCUAGCAUUCAAAGUUCAAUAAAUUUGACUUCAGAUUUUGCAAAUGAGUUCCCUUUCACUGUUUUCCAGACAUUUAUAACACAGUUCCCAUGGUAUAGCUUAAUGUUGUCAGAAGCCUCAAUAUCAACUUUUUACCUUCCAGAAGAUUUUAUAGCUCAGGCAAGCAUAUUGACUAGCACAAUGGAUACAGGUAGGUCUAGUAUAAUCAUGACAAAUUCAUCUUCUUCUGCUAUUGGUACUAAUUCAAGCACUAAUGCUGUAGCCACAUCAAUUGCUACUUCUAGUACUAAUUCGAAUACUACCUCUUCUACUCAUAGUUCUUCGAGGAAUUCUGCAAAUUUGAUGUUUAACAAUAUACCAUUUAUGUUAUUAGCAGCUGUAGCUUUAAUUUUUUGA